AUGAGUCGGAACCCAGAGGUUCUGUGGGCUCAAAAAUCAGACAAGGUUUACUUGACAAUUGCAUUACCUGAUGCUAGAGAUAUAUCAGUGAAAUGUGAAGGUGAAGGGUUAUUUAGCUUUUCUGCUGUUGGGGUUCAAGGUGAAUCCUUUGAUUUCAGUUUGGAACUCUUUGGAAACAUUGUUCCUGAGGGUUGUAAAACCAAGGCUGGGUUAAGGAACAUUAUAUGCUCAAUCCAGAAAGAAGAGAAAGGUUGGUGGAAAAGGCUGUUAAAAUCUGAAGAGAAACCUGCUCCUUACAUUAAGGUGGAUUGGAACAAGUGGUGUGAUGAGGAUGACGAAGUGGCAGCUUCUGAUGCCUCUGAUGACAAUAAUGCUGGGUAUGGAGAAGAUGAUGAGAGCAGUGAUAAUGAAGGAAUGCUUUAUCUUCCUGAUCUUGAGAAGGCAAGGGGAAAUUGA